AUGGUAAAAGAGGGUAUAGUGCUAGGCCACAGGAUUUCCUCAAAGGGCAUUGAAGUUGACAAAGCCAAGAUACAAUUGAUUGAAAAAUUGCAGCCUCCUAAUUUAGUUAAGGGGAUCAGAAGCUUCUUAGGACAUGCAGGAUUUUAUAGAAGGUUCAUUCAAGAUUUCUCAAAAAUUACAAAACCUCUAUGUAAUCUACUGGAAAAGGAUGUGUCAUUUCACUUUUCUGAUAAGUGCUUAAAUGCCUUUAAUACUUUAAAAGAAAAGUUAACUUCUGCACCUGUAAUAGUAGUAACUGAUUGGGAUCUACCUUUCGAACUUAUGUGUGAUGCUAGUAAGUUUGCAGUGGGAGUGAUGCUUGGCCAACACAUUGUUAAUUACCUAGCUAAUAACUAUAUGGAUCCUAAUCUCACCUAUCAGCAGAAGAAGCUGCUUCAUGAAGUGAAAUUCUAUUAUUGGGAUGAUCCAAAUUUAUAUAAGAGAGAGGCAUACUAG